CUCAUCUCACCCCCCAGCCCAGACAGCUGAACCCAAAGCCCCUCUCUCUCUCUUGCCGUCUGUUCCUUUUUAGGCUCCCCAAGUUCCCAAUGCCCUAAUCUCUUUCUCUUCCUCCCCCUUUACCAACAUAGAAGAGAUAUCUCUUACGUGCAACCAUGGGGCUGGCAAUGCACGCCAAAUCGGACUCUGAGACGAGCAUAGACGCCUCGUCGCCGCCACGUUCCCCACGCCGGACGCUUUACUACGUCCAGAGCCCCUCCCACUCCCACCACGAUGCCGAGAAAAUGUCCUACGCUUCUAGCCCUUUCGCAUCCCCACCGCACCCUCACUACCACUGCUCCCCCAUCCACCACUCUCGCGAGUCCUCCACCUCCCGCUUCUCCGCCGCUGCCCUCAAGCUCAACCAUCCCGCCGCCUGGAAGAGGUUGCAGCAGCGCCGCCACCACGACGGCGGCGAGGAUGACGGAGCGGAGGAGGACGACGACGAGUUGGGGCCCGGAAGAGGCAGCGCCAUGAGGUUCUACGUGGUGUGCUUCGUGCUGUCGUUUGUGGUGCUGUUUACGGUUUUCUCUUUGAUUUUGUGGGCUGCUAGCGCUCCUUACCAGCCUAAAAUCUUUGUACAGGGGAUGGUGUUCCAGAGCUUCAACACUCAAGCGGGGAUGGAUGAUUCAGGAGUGCCAACGGAUAUGCUGACUCUGAAUUCAACGGUCAGAAUUUUCUACAGGAACCCGGCUACUUUCUUCGGGGUGCACGUCACCUCUACUCCACUUGAGCUUCACUAUUACCAGCUUAAGGUUGCUACGGGAUAUAUGAAGAAGUUCUACCAGUCAAGGAAGAGUCAACGUGUGGUAGUAACUGUAGUUUCGGGUAAUCAGGUGCCACUCUAUGGUGGAAUUCCGCUUCUUAGUGGGGCUAAAGAUCACCUUGAGAGUGUAUCAGUGCCGCUCAAUCUGACAUUUGUGAUGAGGUCAAGAGCUUACAUCUUGGGGAGAUUGGUUAAGCCAAAGUUUUACAGCAGUAUCACUUGUCAAGUCACCUUAGAAGGCAACCGACUAGGCAAGCAUCUCAAUUUGGCAAAUUCAUGUAUCCAUAAGGAAUGAUAUCCCUUUCUGAUAGUGUGGAAGUAGUUUAGGAAUCUUAAAUCCCUUGGCAUGAGUGCCUUUUGAAUCAGUUGUAAUCACCUGAUCACACCAAUCAUACAUGCUUGUGCUCCCUUCGAAAGCUUUUUGAUUAUAAGGUACAAGGUACAUACUUUGUCAGAUUGUUUUGCUUGAAUGAAAUGAUGUUUUAUAGGA